AGGCUAACCGCUUCCUGAUAAUGCCCUUGUGCUAGUGGGUAAGGCUGCAUGGACCUGAGGGGGUAGGGAGGCGGAGUCUUUGCUGUAAGCCCCGCCCCUUUUUUACUGCCACAGACCAAACCGAAAUUAAAAAAAGACGUCCACGGUUCUUCCUCCCCUCUUCCUCCUCCCCCUCUCUCCUCCCUGUUCUUACCCCCUCCUGAACCCACCUUUUCCCUGCCCCCCUCCCACCUCACCCCCUGCCACCAUGCUGUGGUCUCGCUGCUGGUGGAGAGCCUGAGGACAAAGACUCUGGCUGGCGACCCUGCUCAGCCAGGGGACUACCACCUGUCCCUGCUGGACCCGAAAACCCUCACAGAGUGCUGGCCCCCAGAUGGCUUGAUGCCUGAGAGCAGCUACUGGCAGCUCUGCCCUCCCUCUAAGACCAGCCUGCAGGGGGGGUUACUGAGCUCUAGUUUCCCCCCAGGCCCUGUGCCCCUGGUGCCCCCCGAUGCUCACCUGCAGGAGGGGAGCGACCCCCUGGAGGGGGGCCCCUCUCAGUCUCAGCAUCAGCGGCCCCUGGUGCCCAGCACCUCAGCAUCCGAGCUGUCCCUCUCUGGAGCGACAGGGCCCCCCCCAGGUCCUGGACUCCCUCCACCUCCUCCACCGCCCCCUAAACGGCACUGCCGUUCCCUGUCGGUGCCCGAGGACCUAUCGCGGUGUCGCUAUACAUGGCGGCCGAGUGCCUCUCGGGUCUGGACCCCAGUCAGUCGCCAGCAGUGCCACGGUGGAGCUGGUGGAGGGGUCACAGGGGGAGGGGUGGCAGUGGGGGCGGGGGGUAUAGGAAUGGCAGUGGUUGGGGGCGGAGCCUGUCCGCUACGUGCUCCUAGCUCGUCUCUGAACUCGUCGUUGCACUCCUCUUCAAGCCCCACCUUUUUCAGCUUAGCGCUGUCCCCGGACUCCCCACUGCCAUGGAGCUUCCCCUGGGACCCCAGCGAAGCAGCGGCAGGGGGCGGAGCUUGCUGCUGCUUCUUCCCAUCUCCUUCCUCUUGCUCGUCUUCACCCUCCCCUCUGCAUCCGCCUCCCCCUCCUCAAAGGCGCUUCUCCCUCUCACCGGUGCUCAUCAGAGACUCUGCAGCCUCGACCUUCCUCCCUCCGCCUCCUGUACCAAGCCAGGUGACGGCACCUUCACAGGGUUUCGCCACAACUGCUGGAGCAGCUGCAGGGGGGCCGGUUCCCCCCUCCCCCUCUUCUGCCUGCAGCACGCCGUCUUCUCUUCGGCGCUGCCUCCCACCACAACUGCCGCGGUGCCACUCUCAGCCCUGCGAUCUGUUACUGCUUAAACCGGGUCUGAAGAGGCGCCGGGAUCCAGACCGGCCCUGCGCCCGACCUGUCCUGGACUUCACAAAGAUGACACAGACACGCAGCAUCGACCCGCAGUGCCUGGAGCGCGGCGGUGGAAGGCUAGCCUGUGGUGGUGACAUUUGCAUGAGCAUGGAGGCCUUUAUGGGCGACUUUCGGGGCUCCUGCUCACCGGCCGAGUGCCUGGGCAGGACCAGCAUCGGGCCGCUAAGUGAGAGCGACGAGGAGUGCCGCGAAGACGAUGAAGAUGAAGAGGAGGACAAUGAGGAGCGUGAGGCAGCCCAGCAGGCAGUGUUCGAGCGGGAUUGUACAGAACUGGACUUGAAUUUAAUAGAAGAAAACUGACUUAUCUGUAAAUGAAGGCUGUUCUCUGUUUCUGUUUUCUGAGUUUAUCUUGAAUCGACCCGACCCCAGCCCUUCCUACUGUCUCACCAUCUUUUCAACACUCGGCGACUCCUCGCCAGCAAUCAGCAGAGCUCUCAGGAACAACAUCUACUCCCAUUGGACGAGCUUAUUACUGACAACGGUGAUGAUGUGGCUGCCCGCGUCAAAUGAAAGCUGUGGCUGCACCUGGAGGCUCCGACUCGUUUCAUGCAGACAAGUUUGAGCUGCAGUCCAGGUAUCUUCCAACACGCACAAAAAAUGUCUGACGAGAUGUUCGUCCCGCCGCUGCGUCCGACCCGAAAACAGCAUCACCACCCCGGCUUUACAUUCCUGAAAGGAAAAAAGUAGGUCCAAAUCAGCAGCUCCAGCUCCAUGACUGCAUCCAAAGCUCCUAAAACCAACAGAGAGGAACACAUUCGGACUGAGUCACAUGUGAAGAUUGAUGCUGUCACCAAACUGAUUAUUUAAUGGUAACUUUAGAUCCUGGGAUGAAAAAAGUCCAAACUAAAUCUUUACACCAAAGACAAAAUAAAAACUAGAAAACUUCAUAUUAAAGAAAAAAAAA